UCACCUCUACUGUGCAGAAGAACCUGCAAAUGCCUUGAGUAUGUCAACAGUCUCUGGUCAUCUUCUGUACUAUGUCUGCAGUCUCUGGUCAUCUUCUGUACUAUGUCCGCAGUCUCUGGUCAUCUCCUGUAGUAUGUUCGCAGUCUCUGGUCAUCUCCUGUACUAUGUCCGCAGUCUCUGGUCAUCUCCUGUACUAUGUCCGCAGUCUCUGGUCAUCUCCUGUAGUAUGUCCGCAGUCUCUGGUCAUCCCCUGUACUAUGUCCGCAGUCUCUGGUCAUUUCCUGUAGUAUGUCCGCAGUCUCUGGUCAUCUCCUGUACUAUGUCCGCAGUCUCUGGUCAUCUCCUGUACUAUGUCCGCAGUCUGUGGUGAUCUCCUGUAGUAUGUCCGCAGUCUGUGGUCAUCUCCUGUACUGUGUCCGCAGUCUGUGGUCAUCCCUGUACUAUGUCCGCAGUCUGUGGUCAUCUCCUGUACUAUGUCCGCAGUCUCUGGUCAUCUCCUGUACAAUGUCCGCAGUCUGUGGUCAUCUCCUGUACUAUGUCUGCAGUCUCUGGUCAUCUCAUGUAGUAUGUCCGUAGUCUCUGGUCAUCUCCUG